GGCUUCCCCGGGACUCCCCGGGUUUGGGGUGAGGGGGGCUGCUGCACCAUGGGCUGCCCCAGGGUUGCCCUGUGGCCACGAGUUGGAUUUCUCGGUCUCCUGCUUGCUGGGGCAGCCUGGGCUCCCCAACUCAAUCUCCCGGACCCCAAGUUUGAGAGUAAAGCUGCCCUGCUGGCAGCCCGCGGGGCCGAAGACCUCGUGUGUUUCACCGAGCGCCUGGAGGACUUGGUGUGCUUCUGGGAGGAGGCGGUCAGCUCGGGGGUCAACUACAACUUCUCCUACCAGCUGGACGGUGAGCCGUGGAAGCUGUGUGGCCUGCACCGGGCGCUCACCGCCCGCGGCACUGUGCGCUUCUGGUGCUCGCUGCCUACGGCCGACACGUCCAGCUUCGUGCCGCUGGAGCUCCGCGUCACCACCGCCUCCCGCGCCCUGCGGUACCGCCGCGUCAUCCAGAUCAACGAAGUGGUGCUUCUGGACGCCCCCGUGGACCUGCGGGUCCGCAGGGCGGAGGAGGGCAGCCACGUGGUGCUGCGCUGGCUCCCGCCUCCGGAGGCACCGAUGACCACCCACAUUCGCUACGAGGUGGACGUCUCCGCGGGCAGCAGCGCAGGGGGCGCGCAGAGGGUGGAGAUCCUGGAAGGCCGCACCGAGUGCGUGCUGAGCAACCUGCGUGGCGCCACUCGCUACACCUUCGCGGUCCGCGCGCGCAUGGCGGAGCCCAGCUUCAGCGGCUUCUGGAGCGCCUGGUCGGAGCCCGCGUCUCUGCUGACGGCUAGCGACCUGGACCCCCUCAUCCUGACCCUGUCCGUCAUCCUCGUGCUCAUCCUGGCGCUGCUGGCCGUGCUCGCCCUGCUGUCCCACCGCCGGUCUUUGAAGCAGAAGAUCUGGCCUGGGAUCCCCAGCCCGGAGAGCGAGUUCGAGGGUCUCUUCACCACCCACAAGGGUAACUUCCAGCUGUGGCUGUCGCAACACGAUGACUGUCUAUGGUGGAACCCCUGCACCCCCUUCACAGAGGACCCCCCUGUCCACCUGGAGGUCCUCUCUGAGCGCUGCUGGGAGCUGACCCAGCCUGGGGAGCCAGGGGCAGCUGACGAGCGCCCCCUGCUGGAGCCAGCGGACAUUGAGCAUGCCCAGGACACGUACCUGGUGCUAGACAAGUGGUUGGUACCCAGAAGCCCUUGCAGCGAGCCCCUCCCAGGCCCGGGAGACAGCAUGGAUGUCCAGGCUGUGGAUGAAGGCUCAGGAGCCUCCUCUUGCUUGUCUGACUUGGCCUCGAAGCCCAGGCUGGCUUCCAGCUUCGAGUACACCAUCCUGGACCCUAGCUCCCAGCUCUUGCGCCCGAAGACACCCAGGCCUGCGCUGCCCCCCACCCCGCCCCACCUAAAAUACCUGUACGUCGUGGUGUCCGACUCAGGAAUCUCCACCGAUUACAGUUCGGGGAGCUCCCAGGGAGCCCACGGGGACUCACCCGACAGCCCCUACUGUCACCCAUACGAGAACAGCCUCAUCCCUGCUCCCGAGCCCCCGCACCCCAGCUACGUGGCGUGCUCUUAGGACUCCAGCCAGCCAGCCAAUGUGGCCCCAGGGCCAGUCCAGCCAGGGACUGGAGCCAUCUUUCACUGCCGCCCUUGGCUGUGUGUCCAGCCCAUCCUGCUCAGAUAGGCACACCCCUGCAGUGUUGGAGAAGAUGUACAGUUUCCUUCCACUGUACAUACACA